UCCGCAUUGUUUACCUCGCUGCCAAAGUUUUUAGCGGAACUCCAAUUAUUUUGAUUAUUAAUAAUAGAACAAAUCUCACAUAAAGAUGACUGCCGUUCCGCCGCCUUCCAACAUCUCCACCCUGAUGCCACUGGAAUUGGUGGACAAAUGCAUCGGCUCCCGCAUCCACAUCAUCAUGAAGAACGACAAGGAGAUGGUGGGCACUCUCCUGGGAUUCGAUGACUUUGUGAACAUGCUGCUGGACGAUGUUACGGAGUAUGAGAAUACGCCCGACGGACGCCGCAUCACCAAACUGGAUCAAAUUCUGCUAAACGGCAACAAUAUCACAAUGUUGGUGCCUGGUGGCGAGCUGGCGGAGUAACAAGGUUCCAUUUGUAAACGAAAAUACAUUUGUAAAAUAACA